UAUUAGACGUGUGGUGUGGCGUUCAUUUGUUGAGUGUUAGUCAACAAAAUCAACUAAAUUGAGAUAUGAGUUCAGAGCUUUCUGAAUUCCUUCAAUUUUUUUCUCCAAACUCUCUUCAUCACUGGGAACCUAAAUCUCGUAGGAAUCCAUGGGUUUUUUGGAGCGAAUCUGAAGGAUGUGAAAAUAAUUCAUCUUCAGCUGAUCUUAGCACUCUGUUGAUUCAUGACAAGAUCAGAUAUGCACUUUCUAAUAUUAGACUAUCCUGGGGGUACUUUGCUCAGUUCUGGGCACCUGUAAAAUUAGGCGGUAGAUGGGUGCUUUCAACUUCAGGUCAACCAUUUGCGGUCGAUCAUCCUCGCCACGAGUUCGCUGAGUAUAGACUAUAUUCUGUGAGGUAUAAAUUCAAUAUCGAUCUGGAUAAACAUGACAAUGGAAACGACCCAAUGAUCAUACGUGGUGGAGCAGGAACUGCAUUCUUGAAUUGUCUGACAAAUGUGAAUAAACUCCCGGACUUUCUACCAGUGUGGUGGGAUGAAGAAAAAUUAAACACUAGAGUUAUGGUUCCUAUUUGUUUCCCUUCUCAAGGAAAUUGUCUUGGUGUUCUAGAGUUUACUUUAGACGAGUCUAAAAAUUGGUUGGGGGUUGUCCUUUUAGAUACAGUUAAGGCACUAAAGAAAGUUGGUCUGGAUGUGUUUUAUGUACAAGAUCUUAUACCAUAUACAGGCUAUAAGUGGCCUAGAAGUUACCAAGGACGAGAUUGAAGAGGCACUAAAGGUCGUAUGUGAAACACAUAACUUAGCUCUAGCUCAAGUUUGGAUCCCUUAUGAGGAUACAAAUAAUGCGCCUUUUCCAUAUUCUUUGGAGGACAGUAAAACAAAGCGAUUGUUAGCGAUCAAAUUGACUGGAUAUCUUUAUGCUGUGACAGAAGAUGAAUGUAAUGAUCUUGAGCCAUACUUUAGAUUUGGUGAUAUAACCCCUCGCGCGAUCGAACAUCAUUUGCUGACACUUCAGGAUUAUAAAGCACGCUAUAUUUCUAAGCUUGGUCAUGUUAAGUUCAUAGAUUGGGAUGAUGACUUUUUUAGUUCAACUAGUGCUCUUGCAAUAUGCUUGAGGAGUAAUGACAGCGGUGAUUUUAAUUACGCUUUUGAAUUCAUGUGGACCCAACAUUCAAACUAUGUUAUCCAUUUGGAGGCCCUACUCUUAACCUUAAAAAGGUGUUUGCCCGGAUUCAAGUUUGCCUCUGGUGCAGAAUUAGGUGACGAAUUAGAUGUUAUUGUUGUUAAGAGUUCUACAAACGAUGAAACUCAAAAGCUCAAGAUUUGUCAAGAAAAAAGUUCAUCACCAAUGUCGAAAGUACCCGAAAGAGGAAAGAAACCAACGGAUGGGGACUUCAUAGCACCUUCCAAGGUGACGUGCAAGACAACUCCAAAAGUAUUACCUCGAGAAGUCAUUGAGAAACAAUUUGGAAAAACCAUGAAAGAUGCUGCAAAAGAUCUAAAUGUUUCUUUAUCUACACUCAAACGCAAAGUUAAAGAACUUAAGAUCCCAGAGUGGCCCGGACCAAAUGUUGUGAAGAGAAACCGAAAUGAUUCAUCCAUUAUUCAAGUCAACACAAAUGAAGAAGAAAGUGGGGCAAUUGAGGACACAUCAACAGUCAACCUAAACAAAAAUGAGCUGACCAUAAAAGCACAGUAUGAAGAUGAUAUGAUCAAAUUCAAUCUCCCUAUCUCGCAAGUAACCUUUGUAAAUAUUAAGAAAGAAAUUGGUAAGAAGUUAGAGUUAAGUGACAAGACUUAUAAGCUCAAAUACCUCGAUGAAGAUGGUGACUGGAUAACUUUAAAAUCCGAUGAAGAAAUGGCUGAUUGUAUCAAAAGUUCAAGAAAAUCAGGUCGAAUUGUAGUUCGAAUGCGUGUGGUACCAUCUCCACAACCAAUAUAAGGUCCUAACUAGUGAUUUCUUAGGAACCUUUUGUGUUUUACAAAUGUGUUUGUUUCCUUUAUUUCAGUACAAUUGUCAAGACUUCAAAUGCCUUAUUUUUCUGUGAUGCUUUUAUAUUUUAUUCAAAUAAAAUAGAUAAGGUUAUGUGUUUUGUG